GAGAGGGAAGAAGGAAGGCCGACCACAGGUCCGUGUAUUCUCCUGGGUGAGCCUUAGUCCUGGUAAGUCUUAGACACGUCUUCUGUUUCAUUUACAUCAUGGUUGCAGUUCAGACUGAGGUUUCCCUUUGCACCCAACCUUGGCAGAGGCCCCUGUACAUCUACGGGGGGUUGGCAUGCAACUCACUGAUGGCUGAUUUCUGGUCCGACAGAACUCCUCUCCAUGAAGCCGCCUACCAAGGCAGACUGCUACACCUGAGGAGCCUCAUCGCACAGGGCUUCCAUGUAGACACGCUCAGUUUGGACAGAGUCUCUCCUCUCCAUGAAGCUUGCCUUGGCAGCCAUUAUGCUUGUGCAAAGUUCCUGCUGGACAGUGGUGCAAAUGUGGAGGCAGUUUCAACAGAUAGUGCCACACCUCUCUUCAACUCUUGCAGCAGUGGGAGUGCUGCUUGUGUCAGGCUCAUGCUGCAGCACGGUGCCUCCACACACACCCCCUACCAGCUAGUAUCACCUCUACAUGAGGCUGCUAAGAAAGGUCACAGAGAGUGUCUGGAGUUGCUGCUGUCGUAUGGAGCUCACAUCGACAUGGAGCUGCAGGUGGGGGGGACGCCGCUGUACUCUGCCUGCAUGGCCCAGACUGCAGCCUGUGUCAGGGCGCUGCUAUGCUCAGGAGCAGAUGUUCGGAUCGGGUGUGGGCAGGACAGUCCUUUACAUGCUGCAGUUCGAAGUGGAAGAGCCAACGUUGUGGAUCUCCUGCUGGACUUCGGGGCUGAUGGGUGUUGUAGGAAUGCAGAGGGAAAGACUCCUCUGGAUCUCUCAUUGCCAAACAGCACAGUUAGGGACACGUUGCAGAAAAAAGGUCCCUGCUCUCUGUCGCAGCUCUGUCGCCUCGGUAUUCGUCGAAGUCUGGGAAGGAGUCGUCUCCACCGAGCCUCUGGCCUCUCCCUCCCUCACAGUAUCAAGGACUUCCUCCUCUAUCAAUGAGACGUCUCUGCCCUGAAACCUUGCCUCUUUGUGCGCCCCAUGCUGAUUGUCCUUCACAUUUGUGCCUUGUCCCUGGCAAGGGAAAAAAUGGACAUCGAGAGAACAUGGAAACUAAAUCAGUCAUCUGUAUUUUAUAGUAUUGUUGCUUUUGAUAUAAUUAUUGUUAUUCAUGCUAUUUUGGAUACAAGCAUUAGAAGUUCCAAUAUAUUCAUAUUGCAGUUCAUUUGUAUCAGGUUUUGUAUUUUUAUAUGUAUAAUGAAGUGUUUUCUAUUUCCUUUUCAUAAAUUCUAUACUACUUUAUUCCAAAACCUUGCAAUGGGUAACUUUCCAGAUUAUACAAACAAAUCAGUUUACAGCUGUUGGUAGUACUACUGCCAAUGUGAAAAAGUAGUAUUAUUGGCUCCGGAGACUGAGAAGCCAUGUCCCUUGAGUACGUAUCCAUUGAGGACUACAAGUUUGAAAAUGACAAAAAUCUUGGGUUGUAAAGCAAGAAAGAAGAAGACUCUGUAUCCACUAAGAGUAAAUACUGUAUUUUGUAAAAAGUUUUUUUUAAUUUUUUUUUAUGUACACAUCACUGCACAAUGUAUAACCAACUUAAAUGGCCUUCUUUAAAUGUAAGAAGGCACGCAUUGGCUUCAGCUGAUAUUUAAAUGCAUUUAUCUUAACUAUCCCCCUUAUUUAAAGCAGUAUUUUGUACCCUACUCACCAAAUCAUCAAGUUAGACAUUCUGUUCAGAUUUAUUUCGCUGUCCCCUCUGCAAAAACAUUGAUUGGCAGAAAAGCAUUCAUGUUCAAAGCUCCAACAGACUGGAAUACUUUACCUGCUGCUAUUAGAUCUCUUGCAUCAUUGGGUAUGUUUAAACAUGCAUUAUCAUCUCACUUUCAACUGUUAUUAAUGAAACUGAUAUUGAUGAAACUGAUUUGCUCGACUGUCUCAAAUUGUAAUGAUUGUGUGCAUUGCUUGAAUUUUACUUAACAGACUGUAUUUUGUCUUCUUGUUUAUGUAUGUAAGUUGUUGCUAUUGUCGGGACCCCCUUGAAAACGAGAUGGUGCAUCUCAAGGGGUUUAUCCCAAUGAAUAAAAAUGUCUAUAUAUGUUAGAAAGCUGGACAAGUGAUUUCAUUCAGCAGGUGGGACUUCACUGUUUUAGCUUUAAUUGGCUCCUAUUUACACAAUUGCAAUUCCUGACUGUAAGGCUCAAAUAUGGUAUUGUGGUUUCUGACCCGUAAUGUAAAGUGCAUGUUUGCAGGCAUUUGAGGACUUGCGAAGUGAGUUUUUUUACAUUUCUAUGAAUGUCACCACAUCAUUGUUACCCUGAGUGCGGAUCCACAUAACUUCCUACAAUAAAUUCAGCUGACAUAAAGA